AUCUCCACAGCCCACUAUGAAGUGUGAAUCGGUGCUUUCGGCUUCCCUUCAGCUCUCACCUCUCACCGUGCAACUCACCGCAGCCCUUGGCCCUUGCUGCCCUGCAACUCACCGCUCACCUCCAGCUGAGCUCCAAGACUUUCCUCUCCUCUAAUCCUCUGCCACACUCUUCACUCAUGCUCAAACUCUGGCCUCAUCUCCACGGCCCACUGUGAAGUAUGAAUCGGUGCUUCCGAUUUCCCUUCAGCUCUCACCUCUCACCGUGCAACUCAACGCAGCCCUUGGCCCUUGCUGCCCUGCAACUCAUCACUCACCUCCAGCUGAGCUCCAAGGCUGCUGCUGGGUCGUCUCAGCCAGCCUCUCACCGUGGCACCCUACCAUCAGCCCGUCACUGCAAGUCAGCACCGCUCACCUCCAGCUCCUCCAAGGCUGGGUUGUCCUCUUUCUCUUUCUGUUGUCGCGUGGCUUCCUCCUCUGCAGCUCUACCUCAGAUUCUUUUCAAACUCUCCAACUCUAGGUAUCAAUUAGAUGCAGUUUCUAAAGCUACCAUUUUUGUGCUUUGCUUUAGUUCUGACAAUAAUGGGAAUUUCUUCAAUUUAUUUGAGGAGUUGGAGGAGAAUGAUAAUGAGGAUGAUGAGUUUGAGGAAGUUAUUUCCUCAACUUGAAAUUAUUAAUCAAGUCUAGCUCAAGUUGCAGCUAUAGAGUUUGCUUUGUUGGAUUGGAUGGAAAUGUAUGCAUCUGCCACUUCUUAGACUCUUUUAUGUGCUUUUUCUUAAUGAAGUUAUUGCUGGACA